AGGAUUCAAAAGUUCCCAGAUUUAUGAAAUAGACAGUGGCCUAGAAUUGUUUACCCGCUGAAUUCCGAUUCUCCAAGGAAGGAAUUUAGAUAGCCAUGAAUACAUCGAAAACACUCGCUUGGAAUACAAAAUUGGGGCACCCUAGCGAUCUGGAUUGGGGUUUUGAUGAUUCUCACACCCACCAAAAGAAAGAGCCUCAUGAAUCGAGCUGGAACUGCGGCAAUCCUAAGAAACGUAGGCAGUUAGUGGAGAGAUUUGCACAGACAUCAAGCGUCCAUGGAACGCAUUUCAUUUGUUCCAAAAAGAACACAUCUUGUCUUCUGAAGUUCAUGUACAGGGUUCUAUUUGCUCUAUGCAUCCUAUCGGUGUUGGGCAACAUAACGAUGCUGCUACAAGAGGCCUUUGACAAAGAAUCCACCUUCAUCAAUACAAUCAAUAAAGACAUUGAAUUGGGAAAGGAAGAAGAUCCGAUAUUUUUCCCAGAAUACCCCCGUAUCACGCUUUGCAGAAAGCCUUUCUACAGAACAGAUUUAAAUGACAGCUAUUUGAAUUUAGUGGAGUAUUCCUUCCUGGCCCUUGGUUAUCCUUUCAUUCCUCUCACGCCAGAUGAGAUAAGUAUGGUGGUUGAUAUAUCCACGAAAGAUAAAGAAAAUGAGCUACCUUCCCAUAUAUUACAGUUCGAGAAUCGCUUGAAUGAGUUGGACGAGAGAUUCCGAGCAUUGCGGAAUAUCAGCGAAAGCUUCAACCUCAGGGAAUUCGUUAUCGAAAACAGUGUUGGAUGUAAAGAUUUCUUUUUGUAUUGCAUCGCUUUGGUAUUUCCCUUGGAUUGCUGUAAGAUCUUCCAACCUGUUCUAACAAGUAUGGGCCUUUGCUACUCUCUGGAGGAUAGAUCAGAAAUCCUGGAUCUAAUAAAGAAGUCUCCCAUAGAAUUCUCUGUCAUUAUAGACCUCGUCUCACCCCCUCAUCUCGAUCGUGAGACUGAGGAAGGCUUCAAUGUGUUUAUGACUGAUCCUCUUGAAAUGUCCCUCCUCUUCCAACCAUCUGAAGGUCAAAAGAUAGUACCUGGCUUGCUCACUUCCAUCAAUGUCCAAUUGGUUAAGACGGAACGCAGCGCAUUAUAUACUCACUGGACCAGCAUAACGGACUCAUGCCCAAAGUGGCCGUUUGGUGUGGAUUCCUUAGCCGAGGAUUCAGAUCGUUAUUCCCAUCGCGUCUGCGACACUCUCUCCUAUUUCAGCACCUUACGAAACGCCUGUAGAUGUGAAUCCAUAUUCUUCCCAGGUAAUGCCACGAUGAGGUACUGUGAGCCAAAAGAUCUUUACAUCUGCUUCGCAGGAAUUACUAUCGCAAGCAAUUUUUCUAAUCUCAUGGAUAUGUGUCUGCAACCAUGCAUCACUUACCAGUACAAGAGUGAAGCUUCCUACAUUGGACUUGGAGGCGAAAAUUUCAGCCGACUGGAAAUCAUGUACAAUUCGAAACAGUUCGUAAAUCACGAAUACAGAACUGCAACGAUGUCAAGUCUCUUUAGUCAAAUUGGAGGUUCUUUGGGUUUGUAUCUGGGAGCAAGUAUAAUUACAGUGGUGGAAAUCGUUGUGUUCGUCGCCUGUUGGCUAUGGUACAGGGUAUGCCCAUCAAGGAAGAUAAAAGUUCAUCAAGAACCGGCCACUUCCCAUAAGCAUCAUAAAGGAUACCACAUCUACAGUGACAAAAAGGAAUAUUUUUGA